GUCAACAUCAGCUGAAACUUGGAAGUGAAGUUUGAAGAGCCCAAACUUUAGUGACAUCACACGCCGGCGGACCAGUAGGAGACGGGAUCGAGACUUCGGGGGCCGGGGAGAGACUGUGAGAUUCUCCUGCAUGCACACGCUCCCCCCGAAACUUCUGCUUGUGUUCUUGUGUUCUCGGAAGCUUUUGCUGAUGGAGCGGAGGAAUGCCAGAUCUCACCCUUUCAGAAAGCCUUCUGCUCAACACCACUUUCACUUGAGGGAAUCUUUUGGAUCACACAAACGUUUCGCUUCUCUUUGAAGGAGAGUAACUUUUAAAGGAAAGAACGGGAGGGAUAGGAUUUGUUUUAAGCACUCUCUGGAUGAUGGAUAUGCUGGAGAUAUCUGCGCAUCUGUAAACUCCAAACUUUCAACAGUUCUUUUUUUGCUCUCAUUAAGUGGUGCAGAGGACGGCAAAAACGGAUUUUUGUAUGGGACGUUUUUACAAAGAAGCCAAGAGAAUAACUUUGUGAAGUUGGAGAGACUACUUUUAAUCUGUUCCUGCCCCCGGCUACCCUCGGCGAUCCCUUAAAAAAAGUCAUUUGUGAUACGCACGGAACUUGGCCAUCCAAACUACCUGCGGAUUUAUCAAGUACUUUUUUUUAUUGAGUAGAUAUUGUGAGUUUUCUGUCUGCUCGUUUCUUCCCAAGCUUGCUCUCUUGUUGCGGAUAUGUUGGCGUCUGUGCGGGGGAGGUGGACCGUACUGAGGUGCUGGGGAAGCCUGGUGCUGCUCUGCGGAUUGCUGUGCUCUGUGGCGGUGGAUGGGUGCCCCCAUAAAUGCAGUUGUUCUGGAUCUCAUGUGGAUUGCCAAGGUCAAAGCUUCCGGACCGUGCCACGGGGAAUCCCCAGAAACGCCGAGCGUGUGGACCUGGACAGGAACAACAUCACCCGCAUCACCAAGGUGGACUUCUCUGGCCUAAAGAACCUGCGUGUUCUGCACCUGGAGAAUAAUCAGAUCAGUGUGGUGGAGAGAGGAGCAUUUCAGGACCUCAAACAGCUGGAGAGACUUCGCCUGAACCGGAACAAGCUGCAGGUUCUCCCCGAGCUGCUGUUCCAGUCGACACCCAAACUGGGCCGCCUGGACUUGAGUGAGAACCAGAUCCAGUCUGUUCCUCGUAAGGCAUUCCGUGGAAUCACAGCUGUUAAAAACCUGCAACUGGACAGCAACCACAUCAGCUGCAUCGAAGAUGGAGCCUUCCGAGCACUGCGCGAUCUGGAGAUCCUCACCCUCAACAACAACAACAUCACCCUCAUCCCCCUGUCCAGUUUCAACCACAUGCCCAAGCUGCGGACACUUCGCCUCCACUCCAAUAACCUGCACUGUGACUGCCACCUGUCCUGGCUCUCUGAUUGGCUACGCCAGAGGCGGGGCCUCGCCCCCUUCACCCAAUGCAUGGCCCCCGCCCACAUGAGGGGCCUCAACGUGCCUGAUGUUCAGAAGAGAGAGUUUGUCUGCACAGGUCCAAUGCAGACGGAGCCCCGUACGUGUGUGCCCCAGGCAGCUGUGUGUCCAGCCUCCUGCACCUGCAACAACAACAUCGUGGACUGCAGGAGGAAGGGACUGACCGAGAUCCCAGCCAACCUGCCAGAGGGCAUCAUGGAGAUUCGUUUGGAGCAGAAUCUGAUUAAGAGCAUUCCUGCGGGUGCUUUCUCCCCCUACAAGAAGCUGAAAAGAAUAGACCUGAGCAAGAACCAGAUUUCUGACAUCGCUGAGGAUGCCUUCACUGGACUACGCUCCCUCACCUCGCUGGUGCUGUAUGGAAACAAAAUAGCUGAAAUCCCCAAAGGACUGUUUGAUGGUCUGGUGUCGCUGCAGCUCUUGCUGCUGAAUGCCAAUAAGAUCCAGUGUUUGCGGGUGAACACCUUUAAGGACCUGCAGAGCCUCAACCUGCUCUCCCUCUACGACAACAAGCUGCAGACCAUCAGCAAAGGACUCUUCACACCACUGCGCUCCAUCAAAACACUUCACUUGGCCCAGAACCCGUUCAUGUGCGACUGCCACCUGAAGUGGCUGGCCGACUACCUGUUUGAGAACCCCAUCGAGACCAGCGGGGCCCGCUGCAGUCACCCCCGCCGCCUGGCCAACAAGCGCAUCAGCCAGGUCAAGGGCAAAAAGUUCCGCUGCACAGGCACUGAGGACUACCGCAGCCGUCUUAGCGGGGAGUGUUUCCAGGACCUGGUGUGUCCAGAGAGGUGUCGCUGUGAGGGGACGGUGGUGGACUGCUCCAACCUCAAACUCACCAAGAUACCGCCACACCUGCCAGAGCACACCACAGACCUGCGAUUGAAUGAUAAUGAAAUCUCAGUGCUGGAGGCCAGUGGGGCCUUUAAGAAGCUGCCCAACCUGAAGAAGAUUAACCUUAGCAACAAUAAGCUGCGGGACGUCCGUGAGGGGGCGUUUGAUGGAGCCAGUGGUGUUAUGGAACUUCUUCUGACCGGGAACAAAUUGCAGGGAAUAAACGGACGCAUGCUCAAAGGCCUGACUGGACUCAAAACACUGAUGCUGAGGAGCAACCAGAUCACAUGUGUGGACAACGGCACAUUCACUGGCCUGAGCUCAGUGCGGCUGCUCUCUCUCUAUGAUAACCGCAUCUCGACCAUCGCCCCUGGGGCCUUCAGCACCCUGCACUCCCUCUCCACCAUUAACCUGCUGUCCAACCCGUUUGUGUGUGACUGCCACCUGGCGUGGCUGGGUCAGUGGCUGAAGAAGACUCGGGUGGUGAGUGGGAACCCGCGCUGCCAGAAGCCGGCCUUCCUCAAGGAGAUCCCCAUCCAGGACGUGGCCACGCCGGACUUCACCUGCGACGGUACUGAGGAGAACGGCUGUCUUCCUGUUCCUCGUUGCCCAGAGUCCUGCACAUGCUCAGACACAGUGGUGCGCUGCAGUAACCGCGGGUUACACAUGCUGCCCAAGGGCAUCCCCAAGGACACCACCGAACUGUAUCUGGAAGGGAACCUGCUGACGUCAGUGCCCAAAGAGCUGGCCAGCCUGAAGCAGCUCACCCUGGUGGACCUGAGCAACAACAGCAUUGGCUCUCUGGCCCCGAUGACCUUCAGCAACAUGACUCAGCUAGCCACCCUAAUCCUUAGCUACAACCAGAUCCGCUGCAUCCCGCUACAUUCCUUUGAUGGUCUCCGUUCACUGCGUCUGUUAACUCUCCACGGCAACGACCUCUCCACCAUUCCAGAAGGAGCUUUCAACCAUCUAACGUCCCUCUCACAUCUGGCACUGGGGGCCAACCCUCUGUACUGUGACUGUGAGCUGCGCUGGCUCUCCCAGUGGGUGAAGGCCGGCUUUAAGGAGCCCGGCAUCGCCCGCUGCACUGGACCCCCCGACAUGGCCGACCGCCUGCUGCUCACCACGCCACUCAACCGCUUCCAGUGUAAAGGCCCUGGUGACCUGAACCUGAUGUCCAAGUGCGCCCCCUGCCUGGCCACGCCCUGCCACAACAACGCCACCUGCAGCAGCGACGCCAGCGCCUCCUACCACUGCACCUGCCCCUUCGGCUACAAGGGUCGUAACUGUGAGAUCCCUCUGAACGCGUGUCUCAGUCUGCCCUGCAGUAAUGGAGGUACCUGCCACCUCGCCCCCGGACAAGAGGGACACUUUAGCUGUGUGUGUCCCCCUGGUUACGAGGGUCCUCAGUGUGACGUGAACCCUGAUGACUGCGAGGACAACGACUGCGAGAACAACUCCACCUGUGUGGAUGGCAUCAACAACUACACCUGCCUGUGCCCAUUCAAUUACAGAGGUGACCUUUGUGAGGAGGUGAUUGACCCUUGUCUGUCAGGGUUUGACCCCUGCCAACAUGACUCCAAGUGCAUUCCCCUCGCAAGUGGAUACAGAUGUGAGUGUUUGCCAGGAUACGUGGGACAGCAGUGUGAGCUGGACUAUAACGACUGUCUGGAGAACAAGUGUCAGCAUGGAGCGGAGUGUGUGGACGCCAUCAACGGAUACACGUGUGUGUGCACGACUGGCUUCAGCGGGCUUUUCUGUGAAAACCCUCCUCCCAUGAUCCUGCUGCAGACCAGCCCAUGUGACCAAUCAGACUGCCAGAAUGGGGCGGCGUGUAUCGUCACCGAGGGAGAGCCCGUGUGUCGCUGUCUGCCUGGUUUCUUUGGCACCAAGUGCCACAAGAUGUCCACUGCUCACUUCCUGGGCAAAGAGGUGUAUGUGGAACUGCCCAGCACCAAGGCCAGGUCCUCCGUUCACAUAUCACUGCAGAUGGCCACUGAUAGGGACAAUGGUAUUCUGCUCUAUAAGGAGGACCAUGAUCCUCUGGUGCUGGAGCUCUAUCAGGGCCACAUCCGGCUCAUCUACGACAUCGCCAAGUACCCUCCCACCACCGUCUACAGUGUUGAGUCGGUGAAUGACGGUAUCUUCCACACGGUGGAGCUACUGAUCCAGAAUCAGACGCUGAGCCUGGUGGUGGACCAGGGCCCCCCUAAGAGCCUGGGCAAGCUCCCACGCCAGCCCUCCGUGGACCACAACACCAAGCUCUUCGUCGGAGGUGUCCCUGCCCUGAUUGGCGCGUCUGGAUUGCGUCCAGGCCCCGACAGGCCGUCCCAGUCCUUCAACGGCUGUGUGCACAACGUGCGGAUAAACGGGGAGCUGCAGGACCUGGGGGGCGCCCCGAGGGGGGCGGAGGGGGUGCUGCCGGGCUGCCACUCCUGCGGCGUGUGUGCCCAGGGCACCUGCAGGCAGACGGGUGAGACGGGCAUCACCUGCGAGUGCCCGCCGGGCCGCACAGGACCGCUCUGUGACCAGGUCGCCUCGCCCAGCCCCUGCCAGAACAACCGGUGUGUGCAUGGUCUGUGUGUGCCCCGAGGCUCGUCGUAUAGCUGCCAGUGUGCCGAGGGCUUCGCUGGCCAGUACUGCCAGCAGCGCCAGGAGCCUCCCUCCUGUAGGGGGCACCAGUGCGGGCAGGGCGAGUGCAGAAUGGGCGAGAGCGGAGAGCCCACAUGCCACUGCCCAGCUGGCUACACUGGCACCAACUGCCAAACAGAGAUGCGUUGCCAGGGCGAGCUGGUGCGUGAGCAGCUGAAGCGUCAGCAGGGGGGUCGCGUGUGCACCUCCACCAGCAAGGUGCCGCGGGUGGAGUGCCCCCCCGCCUGCCACAGCGGCCUCUGCUGCACCCCCACCAAGAGCCGCCGCAGGAAGGUCACCUUCAAGUGCCCCGACGGGACCUCCUUCGCCGAGGAGCUCGACACGCCAGUGGAGUGCGGCUGCACAAAGUGCCAGCUGUAACAACGACCCCCCCCCCCCCCCCCCGGACCCCACCAUGACCCUUGACCUUUGACCCUUGUGACCCCUGAACCCCGAGCCCCAAUCCCACCUCGUGGUGUGGAGAUGAAAAGGGACCUGCCAGUGAGCAACAAGCGACAAACAACAGCAAGAAAAAAAAAAGAAAAUAUAUUGUAAGAUAAUUAAAAAAAAAACGAAAAUAAAUAGAACUUAUUUUUAUUAUGGGAUUUUUUAAAAGAACGAAAAACAGAGACUGAGUUUCAUUUUUAUAUAUAUGAUAUAUAUAUAUAUAUAAAUAUAUUAUACAUUGAGUGUACGUGUGAAAUGAGAAGUUAUUUUGUACGGACCUGAACAACAAAUGGAAAUCCAUAAGACGAAAAGAAGUUAUAUGAAUAUAUAUAAAACAAACAGACCAUCCAUACAUUGACAGACACAGAUUCAGCCUCCUGGAAAUAUAUGAAUUUCUAUAUGUGUACAAAUCUAUAUAAAUGCAUAGUCUUAACCAUAAGGAAUAAUUUUGAGUAGUGUAUUGCAUGUCUUGUAUGAGUCACAUUGAGAGGGAGAGUGAUGGGAGAUUUUAAUGUGAGGAGAAUGGACCGUGCCAAACAUGGCUGCCUCCAACACAAGGGGGAGAGCUGGAAUACGACAAAGACACACAGACACGCUCACACUCUCAUACACGUUCAUACUCACACAUACACACAUGCACAUACACACACACAGACACACACACACACCCAUAUAAAUAUUUACCCACUCACUAUAAGCACAUGAACACACUCACACCCACUUACUCUAUCUUUCUCUCUCUGACACACAAACACACAAACACACACACACACACACACACACAGCGAGCCACCCCCCUCCAGAGUGCUACACUGCCUCCUGCUCCUCUUGCUCCUAUCUGGACUUAAGAUAGCGCCCCCUGCUGCUCGUCGAGUUGAACUGUUGAACCCUCACGAGAUUUUGGAAGCGCCUGUUAAGAGGUGAUUUGUGACUUUUUUUGCUCCGAUGAUUGGUUUGUGUGCUUCACGCCAUCACCAAUCAGAAGGAGGACCCGGAGGAGUGGCCUACUGGCAGCACAACCAAUCACACGCUUUCCUCUGAUAACACACACUGGUGUUCCCAUCCGCUUCCACAUGCUUGAUGUUGCCCCCCCCCCCCCCCCCCCCCCCUCUGGUGUUGCCCUGCAUCUCUGUUGCUCCUGCAUGAUAGCAUGUGAACGUUGCCACGGCAACAUGUGAACUGUAAAGUGUGGAGACAUUACCCAGAGCACAUCGCUUCAUGUGCACCACAGCGCCAAACAGGAAGUCAUGGCCAUCCUCACACAAACUCCGAAAAGUCGCCAUGCUAACUAGCCACGGUGCAGACGGAUGGAAAGGACUUCACACUGACGUAGUACUCCAUCAUAACCACCCCUCUACUACUACUAACACUAUUAAACACCAGUAUUCUAAGCCCAUUACUACUGUAUUGUUUACUUUAUAACCAGCUUUAAUAUCUGAUGUGAGUUUUUACAGGAAACAGAAUUAUGUCACUUCCUGCCCCAUAAUUGGUAUAGUAUUUUUGUUUUGUUUUGUUUUGUUUUGUUUUCAAAGUAAAAGUCCCAGUGUGUUCUCAGAUUUAGUCUUGCUGUAAAUGAGACUGAGAUGUGCAGGUGUAUGUAGAGAUCUGUACUCGGAGUGAAUGGAUCACCACUGAUUGAACCCAGUUAUGAAGACGCUAAUACGAGUGCCACAGAUAGCGAUGAUAUUAAGUAUUGUGAUAAUAAUGAUUCCCAGGAAAAUCCAGAACUAAUGAGUGCUGAAUGUUGAAUUAAAAGUUCCCCUGAAA